CACCUUGAUCAUCUGCUUCUAGGCUCUAAUCUUCUACUUUUAAACGUAAAGUAAAAAAAGGGUUUUCUUUUUCUUUAUUUUUUACGUGUCUUUUUAUGCUAAUAUCAAAUCUGACGAACCCAUUCGACGCCUCCUCCUCCCUUUCUCCGCCACGUGGGGAUGCCCGAGCUGAGGCUCUUGCUUCUUCUUUUCCAUCGGCUGACCCUCCGCAACUCCCUCCUACCAUUGAACCACCACCACCAACACAACUACCGCAGCAACCGCAACAGCCAGACGUUAUGAUAUCCUCUGGGGACCUCGACGCCCUCUUCAGUGGUGGCGGUAUCAGCUUUGUUACUGGAAGUCGAACUGCUAAAUUCAGCUAUGGGUAUUCCAGUUUCAAGGGCAAAAGGCCUUCAAUGGAGGAUUUCUAUGAAACAAGGAUAUCUGAAGUUGAUGAUCAGAUGGUUGCCUUUUUUGGUGUUUUUGAUGGUCAUGGAGGUUCAAGAACUGCGGAAUAUCUUAAAAAAAACCUUUUCAAGAAUUUGAGUGCCCACCCUAAUUUUAUCAAGGACACAAAGACAGCUAUAGUUGAAGCAUUUAAACAAACUGAUGAUGAGUACCUCAAUGAGGCGAAAGGCCAGCAAAAAGAUGCUGGAUCAACUGCAACAACUGUUGUAUUAUUGGGUGACCGGCUGCUUGUUGCAAAUGUUGGUGAUUCUAGAGUUGUUGCCUGUAGAGCUGGAUCAGCUGUACCUCUGUCCACUGAUCACAAGCCUGAUAGAUCUGAUGAACGCCAAAGGAUUGAAGAGGCUGGAGGUUUCAUCAUUUGGGCAGGGACGUGGCGAGUUGGUGGGGUUCUUGCCGUUUCUCGUGCAUUUGGCGAUAAACUACUUAAACCAUAUGUAGUUGCUGAGCCUGAAAUUCAGGAAGAAGAAAUUGAUGGUGUAGAUUUCAUAAUCAUUGCCAGUGAUGGCCUUUGGAAUGUCUUAUCAAAUAAGGAUGCUGUGGCCUUAGUGCAGGACAUAACAGAUGCAGAAGCUGCAGCAAGAAAACUUAUAAAAGAAGCUUAUGCCCGAGGGAGCUCAGACAACAUUACCUGUGUUGUUGUCCGGUUUGACAGCUCGUGAACUUGACGAGGUUUUGCAGAAUAUUAAACAGAACAGAAGCUAGAAAAUAGGGAUUUCCAUGGAUGCAAAUUUUAGCUCCCCUUGGAUAAUUGCUCUAGUUGAUUAGAUCAAGAGUUUUCAAGUCAAAUUGGCUAUAAGUAACAAUGUUGUAUGUGUUUUAAGAUUUGGUUUGUUACAAUUAUGUAGCAAUCAGCUCAUGUAAAAUUAUUGAUCUUGCUUAAGGCAGUUGGAUGUUUAUGAUAUUGAUACAACGCCUACAUAAUUAAAAUGUUUUAGUUGAUUUUUCAUUG